GCGGGGGAAUCCCGUCCCGCCCCUCCCGCGCGUUGCAAACAUGGCGGAGGGUGGCACCGGCCGGUGAGGCGGUACCGGGCGGGGGCUGUCGGGUGUCAUGGGUGGUGGCAGCGGCACCGCCCCCGCGUCUCCCUGAGCGGGACGGCAGGGAGGCCUCUGCGCCGAGCCGGGCGAUGGACGAGAGCGGCGAGCUGGGCGGUCUGGAGACCAUGGAGACGCUCACGGAGCUGGGUGACGAGCUGACCCUGGGGGACAUCGACGGUCACGAGCUCCAUAAAGCGCACGUGAACUUGAGCUCUCUGAAUGACUGGUUGCAGUGCACAGGUGACAGCUGAAGCCUCUGAUUUUGGUUACCUGCUUUUAAAGAGCCCAAAACCCAGAAAUGCUGCAGUUUGUCAGCAAUCAAGUGGGAGAGUUCCCUGACUUGUUCUCAGAGCAGCUGUGUAGCUCCUUCCCCAGCGGCAGUGCUAGUGGCGGCGGCAGUAACGGCAGCGGCGGCAGUAACGGCGGCAGCGGCGGGUCCGGAGCCGGGGACCCCUUACUGCAGCGGUCCUUCAGCCAGGUCCCACUGCCUUCCUUCUCUCCCUCGGCCACCUCCCCCCAGGCUCCAGCCCUGCAGGUCAAGGUUUCCCCCACCGCGGUGCUCACUCCGCCAAGGGCAACUCCUGUCCUUCAGCCCCGCCCCCAGCCCCAGCCUCAAGCUCAGCUGCAGCAGCAGACCGUAAUGAUCACCCCGACAUUCAGCACCGCUCCCCAGACAAGGAUCAUCCAGCAGCCUCUGAUAUACCAGAACGCAGCCACCAGCUUUCAAGUCCUUCAGCCUCAAGUCCAAAGCCUAGUGACAUCCUCCCAGGUGCAGCCAGUCACCAUCCAGCAGCAGGUGCAGACAGUGCAGGCCCAGCGGGUGCUGACGCAGACGGCCAAUGGCACACUGCAGACCCUCGCCCCGGCCACGGUGCAGACAGUCGCUGCGCCCCAGGUGCAGCAGGUCCCGGUCCUGGUGCAGCCUCAGAUCAUCAAGACAGAUUCCCUUGUUUUGACCACACUGAAGACAGAUGGCAGCCCUGUCAUGGCCACAGUCCAGAACCCGGCCCUCACCGCCCUCACUGCCCCCCUCCAGACAGCUGCCCUGCAAGUACCAACCCUCGUGGGCAGCAGUGGGACCAUUCUGACCACAAUGCCUGUGAUGAUGGGGCAAGAGAAAGUGCCCAUUAAGCAGGUACCUGGGGGAGUCAAGCAGCUCGAGCCCCCCAAAGAAGGAGAAAGACGGACGACACACAACAUCAUUGAGAAGCGAUAUCGCUCCUCCAUCAAUGACAAAAUCAUCGAGUUGAAGGACCUGGUCAUGGGGACAGAUGCCAAGAUGCACAAGUCUGGCGUCCUGAGAAAGGCCAUUGACUACAUCAAAUACUUACAGCAGGUCAAUCACAAACUGCGCCAGGAGAACAUGGUGCUGAAGCUGGCAAGUCAGAAAAACAAACUCCUGAAGGGCAUCGACCUAGGCAGCCUGGUGGACAAUGACGUGGACCUAAAGAUGGAUGACUUUAAUCAGAAUGUCCUUCUGAUGUCCCCUCCGGCCUCUGACUCGGGGUCCCAGGCCGGCUUCUCCCCCUACUCCAUCGACUCUGAGCCCGGAAGCCCUCUGUUGGAUGAGGCAAAGGUCAAAGAUGAACCGGACUCUCCUCCCAUAGCGCUGGGGAUGGUGGACCGCUCGCGAAUCCUGCUGUGUUUCCUCACCUUCCUGUGCCUCUCCUUUAACCCCCUGACUGCCCUGCUGCAGUGGGGAGGGGCCCACGACUCUGACCAGCACCCAUACUCAGGCUCGGGACGCAGCAUACUGUCACUUGAGUCAGGUUCUGGGGGCUGGUUUGACUGGAUGAUGCCAACGCUCCUUUUGUGGCUGGUGAAUGGUGUGAUUGUCCUGAGCGUCUUUGUGAAGCUGCUGGUCCACGGGGAGCCAGUGAUCCAGCCACAUUCACGCUCCUCCGUCACCUUCUGGAGGCACCGGAAGCAGGCAGACCUGGACCUCGCCAGGGGGGACUUUGCGGCUGCCGCUGCCAACCUGCAAACCUGCCUGUCGGUGUUGGGCCGGGCGCUGCCCACCUCCCGCCUGGACCUGGCCUGCAGCCUCUCCUGGAACGUGAUCCGCUACAGCCUGCAGAAGCUGCGCCUGGUCCGCUGGUUGCUCAAGAAGGUCUUCCAGCGCCGGCGGGCCACCCCGGCCACCGCAGCAGGCUUUGAGGACGAAGCUAAGGCCAGUGCCCGGGACGCAGCCCUGGCCUAUCACAGGCUGCACCAGCUGCACAUCACAGGGAAGCUCCCUGCGGGAUCCGCCUGCUCAGAUGUCCACAUGGCCCUGUGCGCUGUGAACCUGGCUGAAUGUGCAGAGGAGAAAAUUCCGCCGAGCACGCUGGUAGAAAUCCACCUGACCGCCGCCAUGGGGCUCAAGACCCGGUGUGGAGGCAAGCUGGGCUUCCUGGCGAGCUACUUCCUCAGUAGAGCCCAGAGUCUGUGUGGCCCCGAGCGCAGUGCUGUCCCUGACUCGCUGCGCUGGCUCUGCCACCCCCUGGGCCAGAAGUUCUUCAUGGAGCGGAGCUGGUCGGUGAAGUCAGCUGCCAAGGAGAGUCUGUACUGUGCCCAGAGGAACCCAGCUGACCCCGUUGCCCAGGUCCACCAGGCCUUCUGCAGAAACCUGCUGGAGCUAGCUGUGGAGUCCUUGGUGAAACCUCAGGCCAAGAAGAGGGCUGGAGACCAGGAAGAAGAGAGCUGUGAAUUCUCCAGUGCUCUGGAGUACCUGAAAUUACUUAAUUCUUUUGUGGAUUCUGUGGGCAUUGUGACCCCCCCCUUCUCCAGCAGCUCUGUGCUCAAGUCAGCGCUCGGUCCAGACGUCAUCUGUCGUUGGUGGACAUCUGCGAUCACUGUAGCCAUCAGCUGGCUCCAGGGCGAUGACUCGGCUGUACGCGCUCAUUUUACUGAAGUAGAGCGUGUCCCCAAGGCCCUAGAAGUAACUGAGAGCCCCCUGGUGAAGGCCAUCUUCCACACCUGCAGAGCCAUGCACGCCUCACUCCCCGGGAAGGCAGAUGGGCAGCAGAGCUCCUUCUGCCACUGUGAGAGGGCUAGCGGCCACCUGUGGAGCAGCCUCAAUGUCAGCGGGGCCACCUGCGACCCCACCCUCAACCACGUGAUCCAGCUGCUGACCUGUGAUCUGCUCCUGUCACUGCGGACAGCACUCUGGCAAAAGCAGGCAGGAGCCAGCCAGGCCCUGGGUGAGACUUACCACGCAUCAGGCGCCGAGCUGGCUGGCUUCCAGCGGGACCUGGGCAGCCUGCGCAGGCUGGCACACAGCUUCCGCCCAGCCUACCGCAAGGUGUUUCUGCACGAAGCCACUGUGCGCCUGAUGGCAGGAGCCAGUCCCACCCGCACCCACCAGCUGCUGGAGCACAGCCUACGGCGGCGCACUGCCCAGAACGCCAAGCACGGAGAGGUGGACGCCUGGCCCGGCCAGCGAGAACGGGCCACCGCCAUCCUGCUGGCCUGCCGCCACCUUCCCCUCUCCUUUCUCUCCUCCCCGGGCCAGCGGGCGGUGCUGCUGGCCGAGGCAGCCCGCACCCUGGAGAAGGCGGGUGACCGGCGCUCUUGCAACGACUGCCAGCAGAUGAUUGUCAAGCUGGGGGGUGGCACUGCCAUUGCCGCCUCCUGACCAGCGGGCCCUGCUCACCUAGGCCCACUGCCUCCCUCUGUCUCUCUCUCCCUCCUCCCUCUUCUCUGUCUCUCCCUCUUCCCUCUGUUCUGUCUCUCCCUCCUCCCUCUGUUCUGUCUCUCCCUCCU